ACUGAAAGCAACACAUUCGCAAGGGGGCUUUAGGGUUAGGGUUUUAUCAUAAAUUGUUCUCCUAGAUACGAUUCCGUGUAAUUGUAUUGAGAAUGUAUGCUGAUCGGGUAGAGACUGCGUCAAGGAGUUCUAUUAAAGACCGUCUUAACGGCGGAGCCCUAGAAAAUCCCGGUCGCCGUAGGCAAGUCACUGGCAAGAGGCAGAGGCAGGAUGAUGACAAAUGGCAGCAUGAUCUUUACGAACAACCUGAUCCACAAGUAUCAAAUCGAAGUGUUGGUGCUCUUGACCUCCGUUUGAAGCUCCAGAAAAAGAGUAAUCAAAGAGCAACUCUUGGUGCAAAGGGUUCUUUGUCAGGUGGUGUAAGAGAUCUGCGUGAAAAGUUAUCUGGUGUAAGUUAUUCACAGCCUGCAGCAAAGCCAAAACCAGUCCCAGAGACCACCAGUAAACCUGCUAGGAGAAGUGUUGUAGCUGAUGCCAAUGUAACAGAGACUAAAAAAGUUUCUACUAAUGCAUCUAAGAGAAAAAAGACUGAAACAGUGGAUAGCUUCUUGCAGGCAUUGGGUCUUGAAAAGUAUUCUAUUACAUUUCAAGCAGAGGAAGUUGAUAUGACAGCUCUUCUACACAUGACUGAUGAAGAUCUAAAGGCUAUGGGAAUACCAAUGGGUCCAAGAAAGAAGAUCCUCUUGGCAUUGGAAUCUAAAGCAUGAGCUACAUUCAUCAUGUUUGUGACAUCCAACAAAAUUAAGGAGUCUAUUUGUAACUUUUUCAUGGGUUAAUUUUUUUUUGGUUAUUGAUUGUAUUAAUGAAGUAGACGCAAGAGACGAUUUGAUAGGAUUAGAUUGUGUAAUGACUUUGAUGCUUUACCAUAUAAAGUUCUAUUAUAUCUCC